AUGUACACGGAUACCAAGAGCUCUUAUGAUUUCGUCAAGGAACCCGUUCAAGCGGCCGAAGACCCGGAAUUGAUGUCUCUGCACCGCAAGUUGCGCAUUCAGAAGGAUAGACUGGUAUCUUGGGGUUUGGAAUGGUCGGAUCCUUCGCAGUCACCUGACAUUGACGAGUCUAUCAACAAGGCUGGGUUGAGCGAGCUGGUGGGAAGUGUGAUGUCUACGAUCAAAGAGAUAUUAGCCGAGGCGGAACCGUUAUGGCAGUCUUCGAAGCGGUCGAGUGACGAGAAGGGUGCGGUUCAUGAGAUGAAUUUGGACCGAAAAACGUCGUUGAUUACGUGGGAUAAGUCGAGAUUUCAGGAUUUGGUCAGGGAUUUGACCAUGUCGAUCGAUACGCUUUAUGAUCUUUCGAGAACACGACAGUCGACUCGGAAACCUCAUUCGAUCAAGCAUUCGGAUUCUUCGAGCUCGCUUUCUAAGGUUCAUGCUGUUGAGGAACGUCUUUUCGAGUCGAAUCGAAUUCAGACACCUAAACAAAUUAACCCAGCGACACUAAUAUGGCCCCGAGAUCUCAAGGGAGUUCAGUCCGGUAUGUUGCAACCAGCGAAGGCACGUAGACAGAUAGUCUUCAUGCGACGACCUACCUCGCUUCCAGACCCAAGAAAACAACAUGGUCAACAACUUCCAUUAUUACCUGUACUUUUAGAACAUGCUCCUUAUGAUCCUAUAUACUCGAUCACCGGUAUUACACCAUCUCUCAGUCGAUUCGAAAAACUCUUCGGUGCUCUUUCUCAAUCUUACAUUUCAACUGGCAAGGCACCUUCUGGCCUGCUCAAUCUUAUCGGAUAUUUCGAGGAAGCCGAUAAUUCAAGAUUCUGUCUCUUAUUUGCAUUACCAACACAUUUUGGACCUGUGGACAUUGAAAGUCCUAGGAUGCCUUCCAUCUCAUUCUUAUCCGAUAUGUUGUUUACCCCUUUUGAACCGACUUUGGAAAUCAAAUAUCGAUUAGCGCAGAAUAUUGCGACAGCGGUUUUUGAACUACAUUCGAAGGGUAUAGUACAUGGGAAUAUCUCUACUUCUAACGUCAUUUUUAUCGAACAUCAAUCGCGGGCGAGGAGUCGAACCGACGCGAGUCAAAUUAAUAUGCGGCAAUCAUUCCUCUCGUCAUACGACUUGUUUUCAGAUAACGCCACGGAUGGUAAUGAAAACACAGUCACUUCCCUUUACAAACACCCUCUCGAUCCUCGAAAUACUCGAUACACACACUUGACCUCGGAUAGCAAGUCAUUGGACCUAUACAGCUUGGCGAUGCUUCUUCUCGAGAUCGGUCUCUGGACAUCAUUGUCCGAUAUCUUCCCAUCGAUGAACGCUAUUCCGGAGAAUCCUACUGCUGUCUUCAAACAAUUAGCAACGCGUUGCGGAAGUCUUUAUAUGAAAGCUGUGCAAGCUUGUUGGAGAGCCCCAGAGGAUGAGCUUUCACAAAAAGCGAGAGCCGAUGUCAUGCACCAGAAGACCUUUUGGAAAGUUUCCAAAGCACUCCAGACCUGCUGCGCCUUGGAUGAUGCUGAGGAAGAGGUUUCCGAGCUAGAAGACAACUCAACUCCACAGAGGACAUCGCGAUCCUCAACACCACUCCGUAGGGGCUUGAGGGAAUCGAAGAGCCAAGCGUUUGUUGCGCCUACACCCCCUGUCCGUCCUAGCUGGACCGAGAAAAGCCAUUCGUUUACAAAACCUUCUCCUGCACCAACUUUUCCAGAAGUCAUCAACUGGGCUGAGAAACCUACUGCCGCUUCCAAGAUCACUGCUCCACCGCCACAACAAAUAGUCGAGAAGCCUAAGCCAAAACUUCGUACAUACCCUGCCGUCCGAAUAAGUCAAGACCAUCUCAACUUCUGGCAUACUGGUUUGAUGCCGCAUAUCAACCACGUCCUUCGUGGCUUCUAUCGGAAGUAUCCAGAAUCGGUCGAGAUCAGUUUGGAGAGUAUUGGGGAGUCACCAACAACCACUAAACCGACUAUACUAGUAAUUUGCACAAGUGUGCAGAAAGUUAGAAGUAUACUGAAAAAGCAUCUGGUUUAUGAUAAACAGUCUUACGGUCUGAAGGUUUGCAGAGGAAAAGUGUUGAGGUCACGUAGUAAGGGUGUUAGGCGAUCGAUGGCCAGGGAGUUUAGCGGAGAACAGAAGCCGGCUAAUGCGGAGCAUCAAGAGCGACCUGGAAAUGGCGCUUCCAUUGGCGCUUAUAUAGGCGAGAGACAUUUGCCACCGGUCUCAUUCGGGGGGCUGAUUAUGGUUGAUGAAAAGCCUUAUGGCAUGACGGUCCAUCAUAUGCUUGACGAUCCGGAAGAGGAGGAGGAGGAAGACGAUGUUAUUCCUCGAGAGCCUAUCUUGCGAUCAAGCGCACAUUCCGGGGAUUUACCCGACCUCACUCACUCCGACUCCUCGGUCUAUAGCAGUGGUGAUGAAGAGUUCAUGUAUCAAUUAUCGGACUACGAAUCUGACUUUGGUUCUGAAGCUCCCACGGACUCUGAAUUUGAUGACGAGGAUGAUUAUCAGGACGAAAGCGAUGGAGAGGAAGAACCAGGAGAUAUCAAGGGUGUGCCAGAGGGAUGCGGUGAAGGUUAUAUUAUUACUCAACCGGCAAUGGAUGAUGUUGAAGAGGAUUUUUACCCCGAUGAGGAGACCCGAGAUGAAGAUCACUUGGAAAGUUUCUCUCUUGGCGAAGUUUAUGCUUCAUCUGGUAUUCGCCGUCGUACCGAGAAGGGCGUUGUGCACGAAAUCGAUUGGGCGCUAUUCGAAUUUAACGACGACCGAUGCCCAGAAGAAAAUAACAUUCAGAAUGGCGCACGCUUCUGUCAGCUGAAGGAGGGUGAAUAUCCUACUGCCGUUGCUCCACACCAAGAUCUCGCCGAUCUUCAAGUCCACUGCAUGGCACGCACCUCAGGUUUGCAACAAGGUCGCAUCCUGCCAGGCAUGACAAUUGUCAAGAUCUACGGGCGCCAGACACCCUCGAGCAGCUAUCAAGUCGCUGGUAAGCUCGGUGUACCAGGUGACUCGGGCGCCUGGGUUGUCGACAAUGAACACGGCCGAGCUUGUGGUCACGUUCUAGCAUGGAGUUCUCGCAAAAAGGUCGCAUAUAUCUGUCCCAUGGAGAUCCUCCUUAAAGAUAUUGGCGAGACGCUGAAUGCAUCCAGCAUGUCCAUGCCAGGAGGUGACGAACUCCUCGACAAUGAGUCUUCCACCAUCGUCCCAACUGCAUGCGCACCAGUAACCGAGUUACCUGUCGCCAUCUCCCACGAAGAAGAGCUAUCCCGUCUCCUUCGCGACCUACGCAUUCCACCCUCGCCGGACCACAUCGAAGGUAUAGAUCCCAACGUCUACCCUGAUCAACCUUUACAAGUAACGAAGGAGCGAGGUGAUAACAUGAACUUCUCCAUCCCCAUCCGUCUUGUCUCCGGUCAAGGCGUCGACGCGCAAGGCAGCAUGCGACGUGCCGUGGGUUAUAGUGGUAGUAGUGAAGCUGCGAUAGGGAAGGAUGUUGAUGUGGCCAAAAUCUCUAGGGGCAGGGGUGAGGGGAAGACGGCUAUGGUUUGA